GAUAUUGACAAAACGAUUCGUCCCUCUUGUACUUCCCAGCAUCGGCGCGGCAAGGAGAUAGAAGUGUGGGUUGCAUUUUAUUCAAGACAAGUCAACGAAACCAAUCAAGAUGCCUGAAGAAAUGCGACAGGAGGAGGAAGCUGAGACCUUUGCCUUCCAGGCAGAGAUCGCUCAGCUGAUGUCCCUCAUCAUUAACACAUUUUACUCCAACAAGGAGAUCUUCCUCAGGGAACUUAUUUCCAACGCCUCUGAUGCGCUUGAUAAAAUCAGAUAUGAAAGUCUGACUGAUCCAUCAAAGUUGGACAGUGGGAAGGACCUCAAAAUAGACAUCAUCCCAAACAAGCAUGAGCGCACCCUGACUCUUGUUGACACUGGAAUUGGCAUGACCAAGGCUGACCUCAUCAAUAACCUCGGUACCAUUGCAAAGUCAGGGACCAAGGCCUUCAUGGAGGCUCUUCAGGCUGGUGCAGAUAUCUCCAUGAUUGGACAGUUUGGCGUGGGCUUCUAUUCUGCUUACUUGGUGGCUGAGAAGGUGGUGGUCAUCACCAAGCACAAUGAUGACGAGCAGUAUGCUUGGGAAUCCUCUGCUGGCGGUUCCUUCACAGUCAAGGUUGACCAUGGUGAACCUAUUGGCCGUGGGACUAAGGUGGUCCUCUACCUGAAGGAGGACCAGACUGAAUACAUUGAGGAGAAGCGGGUGAAGGAGGUGGUGAAGAAGCACUCUCAGUUCAUUGGGUAUCCCAUCACCCUCUUUGUGGAGAAGGAACGUGACAAGGAGAUCAGUGAUGAUGAGGCAGAGGAUGAAAAGGCAGAAAAGGAGGAGAAAGAAGAAGAGGAGGAGGAGGGAGAGGACAAGCCAAAGAUCGAGGAUGUGGGCUCGGAUGAUGAUGAGGAUUCCAAGGAUAAGGAUAAGAAGAAAAAGAAGAAAAUCAAGGAGAAGUACAUUGACCAGGAAGAACUGAACAAGACCAAGCCUAUCUGGACCAGAAACCCUGAUGACAUCACCAAUGAAGAGUAUGGAGAGUUCUACAAAAGCCUGACCAAUGACUGGGAGGACCACCUUGCCAUUAAGCACUUCUCUGUGGAAGGGCAGCUGGAGUUUCGUGCCCUCCUCUUCAUCCCCCGUCGUGCACCCUUUGACCUGUUUGAGAACAAGAAAAAGAAGAAUAACAUCAAGCUGUAUGUGAGGAGGGUCUUCAUCAUGGACAGUUGCGAGGAGCUUAUCCCAGAGUACUUGAACUUUAUCCGUGGUGUGGUGGACUCUGAGGACCUCCCACUGAACAUCUCCAGAGAGAUGCUUCAGCAGAGCAAGAUACUGAAGGUGAUCCGCAAGAACAUUGUCAAGAAGUGUCUUGAGCUGUUCUCUGAACUGGCUGAGGACAAGGACAACUACAAAAAGUUUUAUGAAGCUUUCUCCAAGAACAUCAAGCUCGGCAUCCACGAGGACUCCCAGAACCGCAAGAAGCUGUCUGAGCUGCUUCGCUAUCACAGUUCACAGUCUGGAGAUGAGAUGACCUCCCUCUCUGAAUAUCUCAGCCGCAUGAAGGAGAACCAGAAGUCCAUCUACUACAUUACUGGUGAGAGCAAGGACCAAGUGGCCAACUCUGCUUUCGUGGAACGUGUGCGCAAGCGUGGCUUUGAGGUGCUGUACAUGGUAGAGCCCAUUGAUGAGUACUGCGUCCAGCAGCUGAAGGAGUUUGAUGGCAAGACCCUCGUCUCCGUCACCAAGGAGGGGCUUGAGCUUCCUGAGGAUGAAGAGGAGAAGAAGAAGAUGGAGGAGGACAAGUCCAAGUUUGAGAAUCUCUGCAAACUCAUGAAGGAGAUUCUGGAUAAGAAAGUGGAAAAGGUUACAGUAUCCAACCGAUUGGUCUCCUCGCCUUGCUGCAUCGUCACCAGCACAUACGGCUGGACGGCCAACAUGGAGCGCAUCAUGAAGGCCCAGGCGCUGAGGGACAACUCCACCAUGGGCUACAUGAUGGCCAAAAAACACCUGGAGAUCAACCCUGACCACCCCAUCAUGGAGACCCUGAGGCAGAAGGCUGAGGCAGAUAAGAACGACAAGGCUGUGAAGGACCUGGUCAUCCUUCUCUUUGAGACUGCCCUGCUCUCUUCUGGCUUCUCCCUUGAUGACCCACAGACCCACUCCAACCGCAUCUAUAGGAUGAUCAAAUUGGGACUGGGUAUUGAUGAUGAUGACCUGCCUGCAGAGGAGCCCAGCUCCACCCCUGCUCCAGAGGAGAUUCCCCCACUGGAGGGCGAGGACGAUGCCUCUCGUAUGGAGGAGGUGGACUAAGUCACCUGUUUCCUUUUAGUCUUGCUGUCCUUCCUUUCAAUGGCUUACCUCUGCCCUGCCCACAGAAGGGUAACCUUUCUCCCACCCUUUCUUUUUGUUGUACAAGAUUGUUUGUCUGUACAACUGUGAUUUAAAUACCCAGUUGCACUGAGCUUUCUGAAGUGUGGGACAUAAAAUGGGAAAGGGGGAGGGGGGUUGUUGGAACAUUCCAUUUGGUUUGGAGGGGGUUCAUCUCAGCUGCCCCUGUAAGCUCAUGUACAUGCACACUAUUGAGGGGUGGACUACAAAGUUCUUUUGCCCAAGUCCAGUUUUGUGUGUUUGUGUCUUGUUUUUUUUCAUAAAUAAUAAAAAAUUAAUUCAGUGUCUUGAA